AUGUGGAAGUCAAUCAACUUUCUUACCCUGCAUUAUGCAUGGAUUAUCACCCUCAGCAUUCUGAGCUUGGUUAUAAUCUACCCUUACGGUAACCUGAAGGCCAUCGAUGCUUAUUUCUUCGGUGCCAGCGCGUCGACUGAGUCAGGUCUGAAUACUUUCGAUGUCAAAGAUUUGAAGACCUACCAACAGGUGUACAUUUACAUUAUUCCGGUCGUGAGCAACCUCGGCUUCAUAAAUAUAGCUGUUGUAAUAUUUCGAGCUCGAUGGUUUGAAAAACAUCUCAAAGCAACUGCACCCCAUCUUCUGAGACCCGAGACGCUUCCUGGACGAGAUGCAGAAGCGCAGUUCAAGCAAGGCAAUUUGAGCAGCACCGUUGAUAGAGUCCCAAGCGAUCGAUUUAGGGACCGCAAAUCAGAUGGGUUGGAAGAGGAUAAAGGUCCUGAUGAGGCCCCCGAAAAAGCUCCAAGAGUUUCCCAGGAACAGCAGGCAAAAGCCGAUGAUAUAGCCGACUCGAAUAUCAAUUCGGGAAAGCAGGUCAUUCAUUUUGCUGAUGAGUCCUUAUCCGACAAGGACCAAGUUCUAUAUAUUCCACCUCCGUGGAAACGUGAUAGAGGAACCUCGUUUUCUGAGAUCGAUGGAAGAGUUGAUGAUGACGAUGAUGAACAAACCGAGAAGCUUUCUCGUCGACAAACUACCAGAAGCAUGCAUUCACCUCGCACCCUUGAGCGCGUUGUAACCUCUAUGUUCGUUUUGGGAAACUCUCCUAGCCAAGAGCAGAGCCAAAAAACAACGCAGAAUGAUAUGAAGCAACUCGAUUUGCCGAAUAUUUCUUCACACGCUACAAUAGGCCGGAACUCUCAGUUCCACAAUCUGUCUGCCGAAGAUCGAGAAAGACUCGGCGGCAUUGAAUAUCGAAGCUUGAAGCUCCUAUUGAAAAUUGUGGUAGGAUAUUUCUUUGGUCUGCAUCUUUUCGGUGCAAUCUGUCUUGUUGGAUGGAUUCGGUAUGCAGAUCCAAAAUACCGUGAUUAUCUUGCCGAAUGUGGGCAAGGUAAUGUUUGGUGGGGCUUUUAUUCCGCCCAGACAAUGAUUGACAAUCUUGGCUUUACUCUGACACCAGAUUCAAUGAUCUCCUUUCAAGAUGCGACAUUCCCAAUGAUUCUCAUGAGUUUCCUUGCAUUUGCCGGGAAUACUUGUUAUCCAUGUCUUCUUCGACUUAUCAUCUGGACCAUGUCCAAAGUUUGCCAUUCGAGAUCUUCACUCAAAGAUCCACUCAGAUUCUUGCUCGAUCAUCCACGACGGUGCUAUACGCUGCUUUUCCCAAGCCGACCAACAUGGAUCCUCUUCGGGAUCUUGGUCCUUAUGAACUCGAUUGAUGUCAUUCUCAUCCUUGUGCUGGACUUAAACAACCCCGCCGUUAAUAAUCUCGCUCCUGGUCCUCGAGUCCUUGCUGCUAUUUUCCAAGCAGCAUCAGCGCGUCAUACGGGUGCAUCGACUUUUAACUUGGCUGACGUGAACCCAGCUGUACAAUUCAGCUUGGUCAUCAUGAUGUAUAUUGCAAUCUUCCCAAUCGCUAUUAGCAUAAGAGCUUCCAACGUUUACGAAGAAAGGACGUUGGGUAUAUACGGUAAUAACGUUGACGUGGACGAGAGUGAUGGCCGGUCUUAUAUCAUCAACCAUAUUCAGAACCAACUGAGCUUUGACUUGUGGUACAUCUUCCUCGGCUGCUUUUGCAUCUGCAUCGCCGAGGCCGGUAAGAUCGCAGAUACUUCGAUUCCGGCCUUUUCUGUAUUCUCGGUGUUAUUCGAAGUGGUUUCAGCAUAUGGCAAUGUUGGUCUCAGUCUUGGAUAUCCCACCGUUUCGACCUCUCUUUGUGGAGAGUUCACCGUUUUCAGCAAGCUCGUCGUAUGCGUGAUGAUGAUUCGAGGCCGUCACCGUGGAUUGCCUUACAAGCUCGAUCGUGCCAUUGUUCUCCCAGGCGAGCGCCUAGAAGAGGACCACCAUGAUCGGGACGAGGUUCAAACCCAACGAAGACUGGAGGAAAAGUCUCAGACGACUUGCUAG